AUGGCUCGGGCACAUCGGAUAGCGUGGCUCCUCUUCGCCCUCCUCUCCCUCACGGGGCUGGAGGGCGAGCAGGGGGAGCAGGCCAAGGGCCGCAGCAAGAGGGACAUCAGCAAUGAUCAGCCUCGAAUGGUGUCAGAAAGUGGGCACCUGAUAUUCUCCACGGGAGACCAUAAAGAUAUCCGCUUCCAGACUGGAGGAUCAGGAAGUGUCAAAGUGGGGAGCGAGGACCUCACUCAGAUUAUGAAUCAGGUUAAAACAAAUAAACAAGAUAUAGACCAAUUAAAAACUCAAACUCCUGGGCAGGAUAUAAUCAACCAGCUAAAUCAAGUAAAGGAAAGGGUUACUACACUUGAAACUAAAGUGCAAACAAUUGAACAGACCAUGCAGAAGAAGACAUGCACCAGUAACCCAUGCAGGAACGGAGGCACCUGUCUCAAUCUUCUGGACGCCUAUUAUUGCGUUUGCCCAGAUGCAUGGCAGGGUGUCAGCUGUGAUGUUGAUGUGAACGAAUGCCAAACACUUGCUGGAAGCCCCCUAGGCUGCCAAAAUGGUGCCACAUGCAACAACAGCCCAGGAUCCUUUACUUGCACCUGUCCUGCAGAAUGGUUCGGUCCACACUGCACCUCUCGCUAUGAUGACUGUGCUGGAGGAGGCCAAGACCUGUGUGAGCACGGGGUGUGCAUUGACUCUGACCGUGUUACACCAAACCAGCCCAAGUACACGUGCAUCUGUGAUGCUGGGUGGACGUCUCCUCCGGGCUCCCCGGCCUGCACCGCUGACCUGGACGAGUGCAACCUACCCAACAAGCCCUGCUCCACCAACCCACCCGUGCAGUGCUUCAACACCAUGGGCUCAUACUACUGUGGGGCCUGCCCAGCAGGCUGGCAAGGCAACGGCUACAGCUGCCAGGAUGUUAACGAGUGUGAGACCAACAAUGGCGGCUGCUCCACCUCCCCCAUGGUGCCCUGCAUGAACACCAUGGGCUCCUUCCACUGUGGACAGUGUCCUGCAGGAUAUGAGGGAGACGGUAAGACCUGCACGCAGGUCAACAUCUGUGCCACCAACAACGGAGGCUGCUACCCACUGGCCACCUGCACUGCUGUUCCAGGAAGCAACACUCCAGUGUGUACCUGUCCCCCUGGCUACGUUGGGAACGGCUAUGGCCCAACUGGAUGCACUCAAGUCACAGACAUCUGCUCCACCAACAACCCAUGUGUCAAUGGACAGUGUGUGAGCACCACAACUGGCUACGUCUGUAACUGUGACCCAGGCUGGGCGGGCACCAACUGUGACCAGAACGUGAACGAGUGCACCAGCAACCCCUGCCAGAAUGGGGGCACCUGCACCGAUGGCAUCAAUGGCUACACCUGCACCUGCACCAACCAAUGGACUGGCCCACAGUGCCAGACUCCCCAGCAAGCGUGUGGUGGGGUCCUCAGUGGUCCUGCCGGGACCUUUAGCUAUCCCACCAACCCUGGCCAUGACCAGUACCCUCACCAGGUCAGCUGUGCCUGGGUCAUCAGAGUCGAGUCCAACAAGAUCAUCAGGAUCACGUUCCCGUACUUCCAGCUGGAGAACAGCGCCACCUGCUCCUUUGACUUCCUGCAGAUCCACGACGGCGAAAGCGCGUCGGCCUACAUGCUGGGCAAAUACUGUGGCACCGCCGCCCCCUCUGAGCUCUUCAGCUCCCACAAUUCCCUCUACUUCUGGUUCCGUGCCGACAGUUCCGUCAACGCCGGAGGUUUCACUGUGUCCUGGGAGUCUAGAACACCUGUAUGCGGUGGAGAGCUGACUGCGGAGUAUGGUGCCAUCAACUCCCCUGGCUACCCGGGGAACUACCCGCCCAGCAGGGACUGCUACUGGACGGUGAACGUGAACCCCGGCCUCCUCAUCACGUUCGCCUUUGGCACCCUCAGCAUGGAGACCCACCCCGACUGCAACUACGACUACCUGGAGGUAAGAGAUGGACUUCUUCCUGAGGACCCAGUCCUGGGGAAGUACUGCACCACGGGUUCCCCUCCCCCUCUGCGGACCACGGGACCAGCCGCCUGGAUCCACUUCCACUCCGACUACAGCGUGAGCGACCGCGGGUUCCACAUCACCUAUACCACCUCCCCCUCCGACCCUGGAUGUGGGGGCACGUACACCGACAGCGAGGGCAUCAUCAUCUCGCCCAACUGGCCCAAUAGCUAUGCCCACAACCGCCAGUGCAUCUACAUCAUCCGCAUGCCGCGCAGCGAGGCCGUGGCGCUCAACUUCACACACAUGGACAUUGAGACACACAGCGGAUGCAACUUCGAUUAUGUAGAGGUGCGUGACGGCACGGGGGAGACGGACCCCCUGAUAGGGAAGUACUGCGGCAGCACCCUGCCGGCCCCCAUCACCUCACGCUCCAACGGCCUCUGGAUCCGCUUCAAGUCCGACACCUCCGUCUCCCGCGCCGGCUUCAGGGCCAUGUAUGAAGUCGCUUGUGGUGGCGUUCUGACAGGGACCGGCCAGAUCCGUACCCCGUUCCACCCUGAUGCCUACCCCCACAACAAGGAGUGCGAGUGGGUGAUCAACCAGCCCCCAGGCUACGCUGUCUCUCUGAGCUUCCUCACCUUUGAUGUGGAGGGAAGCAGCAGUUGCCGCUACGACUAUGUUGAGGUCAGAGACGGAGCCUCUUCAAGCUCUCCUCUGAUUGGUCAGUACUGUGGGAACCAGAUCCCGACGAUGCUGGAGUCUACCCAGAGGUCCAUGUACAUCAAGUUCAAAACAGACGCCUCCGUGUCCAACCAUGGCUUCACUGCUUCCUACACCUCCUUCAUUGAAGGUUGCGGGGACACUCUUACGACCCCCAGCGGCUCCUUCCACAGUCCCGGCCACCCGACCAGCUAUCCCCACGGCGCCAACUGCACAUGGUACAUCUCCGUUGCCGCCGGCAACCUCAUCCGCCUCUCCUUCUCCUCCUUCAACCUGGAGUACCACCAGAAUUGCAACUACGACUAUGUGGAGGUCUACGACAAUGGCACAGCCACCACUGGCACCCUGCUCGGCAGGUACUGUGGUCGGUCAGUACCUCCAUCUCUGACCAGCACGGACAACCUAUUGACCCUGCUCUUCGUGUCGGACGUCAGCCAAUCAACAGAGGGCUUCGCCGCUAGCUACGUCUCCAUAAACGCCUCUACAGACUGUAGUGAGACCUUCACGUCCCCCACAGGGGAGUUCUUCUCCCCCAACUACCCCUCCUACUACCCCCAUAACCGCGAGUGCAUCUUCAGGAUCAUCGUGGGCGUCAAUAUGCAGAUCAUGCUCAACUUCACCGACUUUGAACUGGAGGGCAGUGUCCCAACCUGCCGUUAUGAUUAUGUGGAGAUCAGGGAUGGAGGCUAUGAGACGUCCCCACUGAUAGGGAAAUACUGUGCCACCAGUAGGCCACCCAUAGCAAUCUCCCAUAGCAACCAGCUCUGGAUCAAGUUCCGCUCCGACAGCUCCCAGAAUCGCAGGGGAUUCAAGGCCCAUUGGGAUGGCACGCAGACAGGCUGUGGAGGCACUCUGACCACCAUGAGUGGCGGUUUCUCGUCCCCCAACUACCCGCUGCCGUACCACCCCAACUCCGAGUGCUAUUGGCUGAUCAAGACCAGCGGGGGCAGCCGGCCCCUCCUCACCUUCGGGGACUUCCACCUGGAGAGCAGCUCCGGCUGUGCCUAUGACUACCUGGAGGUGUAUGAUGGGAACAGCACCAGUGCCCGUAAGCUGGCCCACCUGUGUGGCACUACGCUGCCGGCACCCAUCGAUGCCAGCCAGGAGCAGCUCUACAUCAAGCUACGCACAGAUAGCAGUGUCAGCGCAGGAGGCUUCCUUGCCACAUACAAUGCUAGGUGCCAGGGCGUUGUGAUAGCCAACCGCAGUCGAGGCUUCAUCGAGUCUCCAUCAUACCCCAACACCUACCCCGACAACUCCCUGUGCAGCUGGACCAUCAGCAGCACCAUGGGCAACACCAUCAACUACACCUUCCAGACCUUCGCCCUGGAGUACAACUCUGUGUGCAGCUACGACUACGUCAAGCUCUAUAACGGACCCAAUGCAACCUUUCCUCUCAUUGGUACAUACUGUGGCAACAGCCCGCCCCCUCCCAGCACCACCACUGGUACCAGCUUACACGUGGUGUUCCGAUCUGAUGUAUCCGGAACCCAGGCAGGCUUCCAGAUGCUUUGGUACCAGAAUGGUUGUGGAGGGGAUUACUAUGGACCGGAGGGCAACUUCACCAGCCCUUUCUACCCCGACAGAUACCCAGAGAACAGGGAGUGCCUGUGGUACAUCCAGACCGCCACUGGCACCAGCAUCACCCUCACCAUCUUCGAGUUCGAUGUGGAGUACCACCCUGACUGUACUUAUGACCUGCUGGAGGUGUACGGUGGCCCUGACCUGUCGGCGCCGCGUCUGGCCCAGCUCUGCACCACACGUCCCCCCGGCACCCCACUGGUAGUGUCCAGCACGGGUAACUUCAUGACCGUUCGCUUCAAGAGUGAUGCCUACGUCAGCGGCCGAGGCUUCUCAGCCAAAUAUGACGAGAUUCAUGGAGGCUGUGGUGGAGCCGUGGUCGCCCCCAAUGGUGAGAUCCACUCCCCGUCGUACCCCGAUAACUACCCCGCCAACGUGGACUGCUCCUGGGUCAUCUCUGUGGACGAGGGCCACCGCGUCCUCUUCAACUUCACAGACCUGGACAUCGAAAGGCACAGCAACUGCUCCUAUGACUAUGUGGCAAUCCACGAUGGCCCCACGGCCGCGUCCCCACUCCUGGCCCUGGUGUGUGGCACGGAGCGGCUGCCCCCCAUCAGCUCCUCAGGAAACACCAUCCACGUCCGCUUCCGCUCCGAUAACAGCCGCCAGCACCGCGGCUUCAGCGCCCAGUUCUCAGAGGCUUGUGGAUCCACUAUAAUAGCUGAUGACUUGGGUGGAGCCAUUGCUUCUCCUCGCUUUCCAUACAGCUACCCAGCCAAUCAGAACUGUAGCUGGAUCAUCAAAGCUCAGGAGCCAUUCAACCAUGUGACCCUGUCCUUCACCGACUUUGAGUUGGAGAUGAUCUACGCUAACUGCUCCCAUGACUCUUUGGAGGUCAUGGACGGGGAUAACUACCAGGCACCGUCAGUUGGAAAGUUCUGUGGAACAGUGGUCCCUCACCCCAUCACAUCGUUCAGCAAUGCACUGGUUGUCAACUUUACUUCUGACUCUUCUGUUUCGGCAAAGGGCUUUAGGGCGACCUAUGCAGCCUCUACAUCAAGUUGUGGUGGAAACUUCCACAUGGAGUCCGGUGCCUUUAACAGCCCCAACUUCCCUGAUGCCUAUCCACCCAACAUCGAGUGUGUGUGGUACAUCCACAGUUCCCCUGGCAAUGGACUGCAGCUCUCUUUCACAAUGUUCCAGCUCCAACAAAGUACCAACUGCAACAAUGACUAUCUGGAGGUUAGAGAGUUUAACUCCACAGGACGUCUGAUUGGGCGGUUCUGUGGGGACUCCCUCCCCUCCAAUUACACCUCUCUGACUGGCCACAUCCUCUGGAUCAAGUUUGUUUCCGACGCCUCAGUCAGUGGAGCUGGAUUCAGUGCCACCUUUGCACUCUUGUUUGGCAACGAGAUCACUGGCUCCUCUGGACAGAUCGCUUCACCUCUCUGGCCUCGUACCUACCCCAUGAACUCAGACUACCGCUGGACGAUCACAGUGGACUCCGACUACUACAUCAACCUCCGAUUCAUUGAGAUCGAUAUCGAGGAUCUGUAUGACUGUUACUAUGACAACCUCCAGAUAUUCGAUGGACCUAAUGUGCACGCUAUCAACUUGGGCACGUUCUGUGGCCUGCGCGUUCCCAACCCUGUGAGAAGCUCAGGAAGCACCAUGACUCUGGAGUUCAAGUCGGAUAAUGUGGUUGGAGGCAGGGGCUUCCUAGUGGAGUGGACAGCAGUGCAGAACUCAGGCCCUGUACCGACCAUCGCUCCAGGAGCGUGUGGUGGCGCUCUGGUUCCCCAGGACACCCCCAGGUUCCUCUUCUCCCCCAACUGGCCAGAGCCCUACGAGACCAACCUGGAGUGCUCAUGGGUAAUCCGCUCUCCGGACUCCAUCGUGGAGCUCAACAUGCUCUUCAUGGACAUCGAAGACUACCCUUCAUGCUACUACGACAGCCUUGUCAUCAGAGACGGUGAGACCAACAUGUCCCCUGUGCUAGCCACCCUGUGUGGCCGUCAGCUGCCUGGCCCCAUCCACUCCACAGGGGACGCCAUGCACAUCCGCUUCACCACCGACAGCAGCGUCUCCCGACAAGGCUUCAACGCCUCCUACGCCAGAGGUUGUGGAGGACUCAUCCAUGCAGACAGGGGGGUGAUCACGUCCCCUCGCUACCCCCAAAACUACCUUUCUGGCCUGAACUGCAGUUGGCAUGUGAUGGUGACGCCGGGCUUCAGGGUGUUCACCACCUUCGAGAACCCCUUCCAGGUGCAAGGCUUCGGCACUGGCUGCAGCUCUGGUGACUACGUGCAGCUGAGGAAUGGUCCUGAUGCUUCAGCUCCUGCCCUGGGUGGUCGUCAGUGUGGCUCCACCCCACCCUCCAUGGUCCAGACCACAGAUAACCACCUUCACGUCCAGUUCAUAUCCGACGCCUCCAAUGAGGGCUCGGGCUUCAAGAUGGUAUUCGAGGCCCACAGUCAGGCUUGUGGAGGCUACGUAUCAUUGGGAGACUCAGAUCCACCAGGCUACAUCAUGUCCCCCAACUACCCCUCCAACUACCCCCAGAACAUCGACUGCAUCUGGGUCAUCUCUGUACCCAAUGGGGAGGCCGUCCAGCUCGACUUUGAGGGAGAUUUCAACAUUGAACCCCACACAGACUGUCGUUAUGACUACCUGGAGGUGCGUGACGGCUCUAGCUCCGACUCUGACCUCAUGGCCAGGCUGUGUGGAUCCAUGCGGCCGUCUACCCAGCAUUCCACUGGGCCUGUCAUGUACCUGAGGUUCCGCACUGACACCAGUCAAACUCACGUGGGAUUCAAGGCCAAGUACUCCAUUGCCACCUGUGGAGGUACGUACACAGGCCAGAGCGGCACCAUCCGCAGCCCUGGCUUCCCCACCGCCAACUACCCAGACAGCUCCUCCUGCGAGUGGUACCUGGAGGGCCCAACAGGCCACUACCUCACCCUCACCUACAACACACUCAACCUCACCAGCUCCACGAGCUGCACCAGUGACUAUGUGGAGGUCCGCGAGUACAAUGCCUCAGGUCGGUUGCUAGGUAAGCACUGUGGUAACAGUGCCCCUGCUCCCAUGGAUACCGGUGACAGCUUCGCCUACGUCAAGUUUGUUAGCGACGCCACUGGCAACGCACCCGGCUUCAGCCUCACCUUUACCGCCAGUGUUGAAGUAUGCGGAGGGGAGCUGAGCCUCCCUUCGGGCACCCUCUCGUCCCCCAACUACCCCAACCUGUACCCCCACAGCCGCACCUGUCGCUGGAACAUCGCCGUGCCCCCGGGCCGCAGGGUCACCCUCACCAUCAACGACCUCCGCCUGGAGGGAGACGGACACAGCUCCUGCUACGCUGACUAUGUGGACGUCUUCAACGGCGUGGUGCCCAACGCCCCGCUGCUGCAGCGUCUGUGUGGCACGGUGCCCGCCGGCCUGCAGAUCAAGUCCUCUGGCAGCACCAUGUCCGUCGUCUUCCGCACCGACUCCUCCGUGUCCAAUGGCGGAUUCACGGCCGACUACACCUCAGAGGAGGACGCAGUGUGUGGAGGUCUGAUCACUGGCCCUGAUGGAGGGAACUUCACGUCACCAAACUAUGGCGUGGGCAAUUACACCAACAAGCUGAACUGCGAGUGGCUGCUUCAGAACUCACAGCAUGUAAACUCCUCUAUCGUGGUCAUCAUCAAUGACCUGCACAUAGAGAGCCACCAGACCUGCGACACUGACUACAUUGAAUUCCGUCUGGGAGACCAAAAUGGGGAAUUCUUGGCUCGCUUCUGUGGCCAGAGUGUCCCUGGAGUGCCAAUAGUUGUCUUCACACCAGAGCUCUGGGUCCACUUCCUGACAGGCACCUCUGGCGUAGACCUGGGCUUCAAGGCCACGUAUGAGUUCUCGGAUUGUGGUGGCUUGCAGACUGGAGAGGGUGGCAUUAUUGCCAGCCCAGGUUACCCCAAUAACUACCCAGGCCCCAGCCGCUGUGCCUGGCUUCUGGAGGCUCCCCAGGGCCACACCAUCACUCUCACCUUCACUUACUUCCACGUGGAGGAGCACAGUACAUGCAGGUGGGACUCUGUCACUAUUUUCAAUGGCGGAUCACCAGGUUCACCCGUCAUUGGACAGUACUGUGGAGAGACCUCCCCUGGCACCAUCAAAUCGGGAUCCAACAAGCUGGCCAUAGUUUUCCUGGCCGACAGUGUCGUCAACCACGGAGGAUUCAUCGCUACCUGGUCAGCUGACUCCUCAGGUUGUGGUGGUGUCAUUCACGCAGACACUGGCUUCAUCAAGUCACCCAACUAUCCUCAGAACUUCGAGGCCAACACAGAGUGCUCUUGGACCAUCAUUGCACACGAAGGGAACCACUUGGAGAUGAGUUUCAACACCCCGUUCCAGAUCCCAGACUCCACUGGACAGUGCCAGAACAGCUACAUCAAGGUGUGGUCUGGUGACAGGGAGAGCGAUGCAGGCCUCCUGGCCACCGGCUGCGGCAGCACCGCUCCCGCUCGCAUCAUCGCCCCCAACAACGUCAUCACCGCCCGCUUCCAGUCCACAGAGACCCCGGGCCAAGGCUUCAAUCUCACCUUCGUCACACGUUGUGGAGCUAACUUCAGUGAGCCCCAGGGUCGCGUGGUCUCUCCCAACUACCCUCAGGAGUACCCAUCAUUCUCCAACUGCAGCUACAUCCUGGACGCCGGACCCCAGACCGUCAUCCUCCUCACCUUCAAGAGCUUCCAAGUAGAGAGUCACUCUGCGUGUGGCUAUGACGGAGUAAAGAUCUUCAAGGGCGUCAGCAUGGCUACAACUCCUAUGGCCACGCUGUGUGGUAGCACCAUCCCAGGGAGGUUCACCACCUUCGGCCCGAUGCUGGUGAACUUCUAUUCUGACUCCAUCGUCCAGAUGAAAGGAUUUAUGGCUGAAUACCAAGCUAUUCCCUGUGGAGGGAUCUACAAUGCCACCUCUGGGACAGUCAGCAGCCCCACCCUCUCCCACUCAGACUACCACCACAACAUCAACUGCACCUACCACAUCAUGGUCUCCAGCAACCGAGUCGUCGAACUCAAGUUCAACACGUUCUCGCUGGAGGCCUCAUCCAACUGUCGCUAUGACUACGUGGCGGUGUAUGACGGAGACAGCACCUUGGCGCCACUGCUGGGCCAGUUCUGCGGCCGCGAGCUGCCGCCCAAACUACGCACCACGUCCAAUCAGAUGUUCAUUGUCUUCAGGACGGACGCCUCCGUCUCAGGAGUCGGAUGGAGAGCCACCUACCGGGAGACGUUGGGUCCUCAGCAGGGCUGUGGCGGGUACCUCUCCUCCCCCUCGGGAUUGUUCGGCUCCCCUGACAUCAACUUCGACGGCCUCUAUGAGCCCUAUAUGGACUGCCUGUGGACCAUCGCUGCGCCUGCCAACAAAGUGCUCAAUCUGACAUUCACCACAUUUGACCUAGAAGCACACAGCACUUGCAGAUAUGACUACGUCAAGAUAUACGAUGGAGACAGUUCCAUCUACCCGCUGGUGGGUACCUUCUGUGGGAACGUCGUCCCAGCUUCCUUCCUCUCCUCCGGCAACUUCCUCACCUUCCACUUUGUGACGGAUGGCUCAGUCAGCAGAGCUGGCUUCAAUGUCACCUACACAGCCGUAGACCGUAUAUGUGGUGGUGCCUUUAACGCCACCACCUCCCCUCAGACCAUCACCUCCCCGAUGUACCCCAAUGCCUACUCGCCCUUCACCAACUGCCGCUGGGUACUGGACGCCCCGGCCCUGGACACCAUCAGCGUCACCGUGCAGCAGUUCCGCUUAGGGCCCAGCCAGAGCUGCGGCCUCAACUACCUGGAGUUUAAGGACUGGCCCCUGGGAGAUUACGGCCAGGCACACAAGUUCUGUGGUUCAGACAAUUACGUCCCAGACUUCUACAGCUAUGGGCGCACCAUGUUCGUCCACUUCAAAUCAGAUGCCUUCAUGGCCGGCAACGGCUUCAGUCUCACCUACCAGGUGGCAAGCUGCAGCAGGACAUAUAACCAGUCGUAUGGCUACCUGAAGAGUCCAGGCUGGCCCUCCGUCUACCCCUACAACAUGGACUGCAACAUCGUCCUCAGGGCUCCAGAGAACAACUCCAUCUCUCUGUUCUUUGACAGCUUUGACCUGGAGUACCACUCUUCGUGCAACUUUGACUUCCUAGAGGUGCGUAAUGGCAGCACAGCGUCCGCCCCACUGCUGGGCAAGUUCUGUGGCUCCACGCUGCCCAGCCCCGUGUUCCCCGGGGCUAACCUGCUCUUCCUGCGCUUCAAGAGCGAUGUUUCCGCGGCCCGCAACGGCUUUGAGAUCACCUGGACCUCCUCCCCACAAGGUUGUGGUGGCGUGCUGUACGGAGACCACGGCACCUUCACCAGCCCCAACUUCCCUGGCACCUACGCCAACGGCACCCACUGCGAGUGGAGCAUCAAGGCGCCCAGCGGCCGCGUGGUGACCGUCACCUUUGCCCAGAUCAGCAUCGACGACCCGGGCAGCUGCGAGAGCAACUACCUGAAGCUGUUUGACGGGCCGGACGCCAACAGCCCCCCCGUGGGGCCCUACUGUGGAGCGGAGACGAACAUUGCUCCUUUCACCGCCUCAUCAAAUCUAGUCUACGUCCAGUUCCACGCUGAAUACGCUGUACUGCCGUCAGGAUUCAGACUCACGUGGAGCAGUUGAGGGCACUAUGCCCUACACAGACACACACACACAAACAAACACACACACUGAGACGUAUCUAUGUGAUUGAAAAAUUAGAGUAAAUACUAUUUUGUUGAAGGUGAUUUGUAAUAAAUGUGUAUAAUUUGGAAUGUAUGGAAUUGUGUUGACGUAGACACACACAGACA